CAAAGUACCAGUGCAAUCAGACAGGAUUGACCACCAAAAUGGGCAGAAUUAUCUUUUAUGAGGACAAGAACUUCCAGGGUCGCUCCUAUGAGACCAGCAGCGACUGUGCAGAGCUCACCUCUUACCUGAGCCGCUGCAACUCCUGCAGGGUAGAGAGUGGCUGCUUCAUGGUCUAUGAACGUCCAAACUUCAUGGGCCACCAGAUGCUGGUGAGGCGAGGAGAGUAUCCUGACAACCAGCGGCUUAUGGGAAUGAGCAUGAGUGACUGCAUCCGUUCCUGUCGCAUGAUCCCCAUGCACAGAGGUCCAUUCAGAAUGAGGAUCUAUGAGCGGGAGAACUUCAGUGGUCAGAUGAAAGAGCUGAUGGAUGACUGUGACUCCAUCCAGGAGCGUUACCGCAUGUCCGACUGUCAGUCUCUUCACGUCAUGGACGGCCACUGGCUGCUGUAUGAACAGCCCAGCUUCAAAGGCAGGAUGCUCUACCUGAGGCCUGGGGAGUACAGGAGCUUGAGAGAAAUGGGAACAGGUCCCAUGGAUAUGAGGAUCGGCUCCAUCAGACGUAUCAUGGAAUCCUGUUAGGUGGGACAGGAAAGCUCAUUUUCAUAAAUGA